CAGCUGCAGCUGCAGUCACACAAGAACUUUCAUCAUAUUAAAUGCAGAACACGUGUGGCCACGUGAUUUGUUGUCGUUUUUUUUUUCUUUGAUUUCAAAAUAAUUUUCAAUCAUUUAUACCGCGAAAGAAGAACAAAACCUUCAACAAUGGUAUUCUUUACAUGUAAUCAAUGUGGUGAUUCUUUGAAGAAGAAUAAAGUAGAUCAACAUUUUCGAAUAUGUAACACCAUCACUAUUACUUGUAUGGAUUGUUUUAAAGAUUUUAGUUUGAAUAAUUACAAUUCUCAUAAUGAAUGUAUAAGCGAAGAUCAAAAAUAUGGUGGACCAAAUAGUAAACAACAAGAAUAUAAAGGAAAAAAUAAACAAAAUGAAUGGAUUACGAAAAUUAAAUCUUUAGUUGAACAAAAUUCCUAUCCCAAAGAAAUCAAUUCCAUUCUGAAUUCAUUGUUAAAAUAUGAGAAUAUUCCCAGGAAAAAGGCAAAAUUUUUCAAUUUCAUUCGAAAUUCUUUCCGAAUUCGAAAUGAUAAUUUGAUCGAUAAAAUAUGGAGUAUUUUUGAAGAGGCAAUUAAAAAUCAAAAUUCCAAAAAUUCUAAUGGCUCAACACGAAAUGACCAUUCAAAUGGUGAUCAAGAAAAACCAAAAAAAGAUGAUCAAAUUGUUUCAACUGUCAACGAGCAACAAAAACAACAUGAUCAAACCUCAAAUCAGUAUGAAUCUAUGAAUGGCAAUAUGGAAAUUAAAAAAUCAGAAUUAAAAAAAAUUGUAAUCGAUAUUCUUGGCAAAAAAGGAUCAAUGUCGAAAUUGAAAUUGCAGAAAAAAGUUUUACGCAAAUAUCAUAAAAAUGACAAUGAUAAACAAUGUGAUUCUUUGAUACUAAACAAAUUAGACAAAAUACUCGCAAAGAGAAAAUUUAUUAACGAUAAUGAUGUAAUUACAUUGACAAAUUAA